CAUUGUAGAGGUCAAUAGAUACAAUUUUCAGGGGAAUUAUUUUCAUAACAAAAUUGCCCACCAACCCAGGCAUGAAUGUGUACCAACCAAUCCCUUAAAAUAACAUUGCUUUAUAAACCUUGGCUAGCACUCCUUUAAAUAGGAUUCAGGUAUAAAUUCCAAAAAUUAUACUUCACAGACUGACUGCACAUACAGCAGGUGUGUUGGAAGUUUUGAAUAGUGAGGUUGCUUCGAUUGAAUUUCUUUUUUUUUUGUGAUGUAGAACGUGUUUCAGAUGAGAGGUAGUUUUAAGGGAUAUUUAUUGUAAUUCAUUUAGAGGGUAACGGUCUGUUCCUUUUAUAUUUCACGUCUUCACCAUGGUAUACCAGUUUCUAAAAAACCUUGUAGUUUAUGCAAUACAAGGAUAUGACACCUACAUGCAGUGAGCUGCAUUACGUUAAGUGGAAGAAAAGGUCACAAUAAAACAUCAUGGGUGCAGUGUAUCACAGGUUUGUCCUUUUUAAAUGCAUUUGUUUUUACCGUUCACUGACAACCUGAUUGGAGAGGCAUCCAUUGUCUUUGAGUUAAUUUAGGACAUGUGUCAGUAACACAAUAUUUUAGAUGGGUUUCUGAAUGACAAAGCACACAUUUGUAUCAUGUGCGCUGACUCACAGCUUAUUGUGAAAUUGGCCUGUUUAUUCUUAUCGCUUCAAAGUUGUAAAACAAAACUCAAGAUACUCAAAACAUGUGAGACGUUGCAGGUCGACUGUCAGGCUUUUCAUUUCAAAAUCAAACAGUUUUCAGUUAUGGUAAAAUUAGUCCAUGAUAUCGUAAGACUUGAUUGUCACUCUUCAUGGGGUUCCCACUAGCUGGAUGAACUUGUUUUCAAACUAAUGCUGUUUUGUAUCAUUAUGUAAGAAAUACAUAACAGGCAUUAGUAAGAUCAUGUUUGUAACACACAUUUGCCCAUCACUGCAGAACAUUUAAAAUCGAAAAGGUUAUUACAAAUAACUAAAACACCAGGAUCCACAUUUAGCAUAAUGUGUAUGUAAAAAUAGGUGUGUCAUACAGCACAUGCCUCAGUUUUUGCAUAAUAAAUAGCAUGGUACAAUAUCUUAGUAAUUUACAUUUAUCAUUUUGGAGUUUCUAGUAUACUGGACUUAAACAGAGUUAUCAAUGUAUUAAAACGUGCCAUCAAAAAAAAAAAAAAAAAAAAAAAAAAUAGAGCACUAUAAACAUCACAUAUUUACUGAUCUAGUAUGUGCUAUCUGGAUUACUUAAUUAUAUAUACUGUGUGCAGCAUUACAUGUAUGGAAUGUUCCUCCGGGUUUGUCAACUGCAGUGGCAUUAAUCAAAUAUCAAUAUUUGUAUGGAAAUAACUAUUAAUGCUUAGCUAGCACGAGUAUCACUGUUGCAAUUUCAUGUCUGUAACUUACAGAUGUAAUUUCAUACUCUUGUCUUUCAUCAACCUCCGACACCACAGUUACCCCUAGUAAUAUGCUUUAGGGUUGAAUUCUGCCCCUCGUCACUGUUUUCAGGAGUCAAACAUUAUGCAUGUUCUAAUAAGUGAUUCACUCAGAAUUGAAUAUACUGCAGUUGUUCUGUAAGAGGUAAUUGCAAAUACUUAGAAGUAGGGGAACUGGAAAUGGCUACUGGCAAUACCCUGUUAAGUGUACAGACACCUAAAUCAUUGGUAAAAUAUGUUGUACAGUAUAACUAUGAAAUAGUACAGUACAUUGUUAUAUUGGUUUUUGGUUUAGCGCCACUCAUUAUAUUCCCUAAGAGCAUUUAAAAAAAAAAUAAAAUAAAUAAAAUAAUGGAAAUACAAAAGUUAACUAGAAAUUGUCUCUACUCUGACAAAAAUAUAUUGUAUGACCUAACAUAAUGACUCUCUUUACCCACAGGCACACAAGUCAGUAAGCUUGUGAAACUCCCAAGUUCUGUUUUUAAUAUCCGCACAAGCAGUUUUGACUUCACCAAAGUUCAUGUUUUUUUUUUUCCCUUCUCUACAAUGCAGUUACCUUCCAAGUUUGAAAGCAUCCUACCCUAAUGAGUAUACUACUGAUCGAAGCUUUUUAUGGGGGCUCCCACAAGCAGCUUAUUGACCUGCUCCAGAGAAAUGUUGAGGACUGUGUUACUUAUACACUGCCAGCAAAGAAAUGGCACUGGAGAGCACGUACAGCUGCUAUUUACUUCAUGCAGGCUGUCCCAGUCAGUGGCAGUUACAGGGUCCUCUUUACCAGCUCAGUUCUUAACCUGGCUGAACUAGCUGCCCUCCGACCUGACCUUGCCACAUUGAAAAAGAUCCUGUACUUCCAUGAGAAUCAACUGGUAUAUCCUGUCCGGAAGAACCAGGAAAGAGACUUUCAGUAUGGAUACAACCAAGUUCUUUCAUGUUUGGUGGCUGAUGUGGUGGUGUUUAAUUCUGCCUUCAACAUGGAGUCCUUUCUCACAUCCAUUGGUACCUUCAUGAAGCUCAUCCCAGACUACAGGCCCAAAGAUUUGGAAAAGAUCAUCAGACCCAAAUGCCAAGUACUCUACUUUCCUAUCAACUUCCCUAAUGUCAAAAGGUUUAUUACAGACAAUAAACGUUCCUUUUUCUCUGAAAACACUGUUGUGGUAGAAGCUGGAAACCGUGAACGUUGUCUGUCGGAGACUGAGGACUCCACAUUGGCCAAGAGGCUGACAAAAAACAGUGAUUCCGGUCAGGAGCCCGGAUCUUGUAAAAAGAUUAAUGCCACUUGCCAGGAAGCACCACUUAACCCACCAGGAACACCACAGGAGCUGAACAGAAAGGAAGAAUCAGAAAGUACAGUCCCUUAUCAUGAACAAGAUAAGGAGCAACCCACCUUUGACCCCUGUGGCAAGACAGGUGGGAUGGUAGAAAAAUGUGAUGGACUAACAAAUCAACAAAGACCGCUACACAUUGUGUGGCCUCACAGGUGGGAACACGACAAAGACCCUGAGGCCUUCUUCAAGACAUUACUAAAGCUGAAAGAGAAGGGACUAAACUUUCAAGUGUCUGUCCUUGGUGAGACCUUUACUGAUGUGCCAGACAUCUUUACAGAAGCCAGAAACGACCUAGAUGCGUGUGUCUCACAUUGGGGCUACAUAUCCAGCAAAGAAGAUUACUUCAAAGCCCUGUGUGAGGCAGAUGUUGUAGUUUCAACAGCCAAACACGAGUUCUUUGGAGUGGCAAUGUUAGAAGCUGUUCAUUGUGGGUGCUAUCCGCUGUGCCCAAACGCUUUGGUUUACCCUGAAAUAUUUGCUGCUGAAUAUCUGUACUCUACACCUGAACAACUGUUUAAGAGGCUUCAGAAUUUCUGCAAGAGACCAGACCUUGUUAGGAAACAUCAUGUCAAGGUUGACACGGAUCAGUUUUCUUGGGCUGCUCUGUGUAGGAAAUUCAGGUCUCUCCUUGCAUCAGAAGCCAGGGAAGAUUUGUGACAGAUGGGGCUAAGUCACAAACUUGCAGCCUAAGGCAGAAUCUGCGGAACUUUCCAGAGUAUGCCCAUAUUUACCUGAUCAGAGAGGGAGGGGGAAGAAAAUGUGCAGAGGAAGCUGAGCCUGGCUGCUUGUCAUAGCUGACACAGAGCCAUCUGCCACAAACCUGUGGCGGCUUCAGAUCUCCAUUCCCUGCCACCACUCCAACCCAAAUUAAAUACAGAUUCAUAGAGACGUUAUGAUGGUUACACAUGUCCCCAGCUUCACAUGCAGGAGACUUUGUUAAAAAAAAAAAUGUGGUCUGUUGUAUAACCACACUCAUGUAUCCCAUAUGUGGUGCCACAUUGAAUUUCCGGUCGAAUCUGUUUUUAUCCUUUGUACUGGAUGACAUGGUGCCGGAAUUCUUUCUUUUUCCGACAUAAUGGCAGCCAAGCUACAGCUUCAAACGCUCGCACUUGGCUGCAUUUCUACCUAGGUUGCCAGGUUAUCGUCGCGUCCUCAGAGGGCCAUGGGGGCUGAAAGGAGGAUAAGAGUGCUUCUGGACUAAUUGGGCAGCCAUCCAUGAAUUGUUUUUCAGACGAGAGGGCUGCUUUAGUGCUUGCCUUCUUUGCAAAUUAAUGACUCUGGCACAGGGGGUUUUAAGUGAAGGUAUUAAUAAGGGGUCUGGCAGGUAUUCCCAUGAUUCACAGUGUUACAUUUGCAUUUAAUUAAUCUUAAAGAAAGCUGCAAGAUAAACAGCUGUAAUUCAGAUGAGCAUUGGGAAUAUGUGACAUGGUGCCACCUAUCUGAUGAAAUGUAAGCCAUUAUACUUGUUUUUAUUUUUCUUCAAGCUGUUUCGAACACUAUCACACCAGUAAGCCAGUAACGAUUCAUAGUGUAUUUGAACAUUUUGAUAUGGAAGGUACUUAAGAAAAAUGUUAAUACAUUUUUUGACACAUGGUUUAAUUUUCAGUUACAUAUUAUAGGUUAAUUACAUGUUUCCAGCAGGUAAGUCAAUUUAAACAUGUAGUGAUCAGUUCAAGAACAAAAUAAUAUGACAUUUGAUGUGGUUUCUGCUAUGAAUUUAUACAAGUAUAAUUAAAAGUAAGAUUUAAAA